GAAAACAUCACAAUUUACAUUUACACUUGGAGCUCCAAGCUCAUCUACUCUCACUCUCUCUCAUCACUCACUCUUUCCCAAAAAUGUUGAAAACCUCACCCACCCAACCACCACCGUACACGGUGGCUCUCCCCCUCACCAUCCUCCUCCUCUCCCUCCUCACGGUGGAUCCAGUAACCGCCUACCGUCCUUGGCCACAAAACCCUACAAAAAACAUUACAGACUACGCCUUCGGAACUUCCAAGAAAUACGAAGGUUCAUCUGAGUUUGUAAAACUAAGGUACCACAUGGGACCUGUUUUAACAAACAUCAUAACUGUUCAUACAAUCUGGUACGGUAAUUGGCAAAAAAACCAAAAGAAAAUUAUACGAGAGUUUAUAAACUCAAUCUCAGCCAAAAACACACCUCAUCCUUCAGUUUCCGGUUGGUGGAAAACCGUUAUGCUUUACACUGAUCAAACCGGGUCUAAUAUCUCAAACACGGUUCAUCUAGGUCAAGAAAAAAACGACCGGUUUUAUUCUCAUGGUAAAACCCUAACUCGUUUAUCUAUUCAAUCCGUUAUUAAAAGUGCUAUUAGAGCUAAAACAAAACCAUUACCUAUAAACCCUAGAAGUGGUUUAUAUCUCUUGUUAACUUCAGAUGACGUGUACGUUCAAGAUUUCUGCACGUCAGCAUGUGGGUUUCAUUACUUUACAUUUCCAUCACUAGUUGGUUACACCUUACCUUAUGCUUGGGUUGGUAAUAGUGAGAAAUUCUGUGCGGGACAGUGUGCUUAUCCCUACGCUGUACCACAGUUUAUGCCUAAUGUGAAACCUUUUAAAUCACCUAAUGGUGAUGUUGGAGUUGAUGGUAUGAUAAGUGUGAUAGGACAUGAACUUGCUGAGCUGGCAAGUAACCCUUUGGCUAAUGCUUGGUAUGCUGGUGGAGAUCCAAGUUUUCCAGUGGAAAUAGCUGAUUUGUGUGAGGGUAUUUAUGGAACUGGUGGGGGUGGAUCUUAUACGGGACAGGUUUUAGAUGAUCAUGAUGGUGCCACGUAUAAUAUGAAUGGGAUUAGAAGAAAGUUUUUGGUUCAGUGGCUUUGGAGUCAUGUUUUGAAUUAUUGUACUGGUCCUAAUGCUCUUGAUCAUUGAUAUUCUCAUCAAUGUAUGUAUGUACGUACAAUGAGAUAUUUUUAUAUUUAUAUUAUUUUUGGUAUCACUCUUUUAGUAACUUGUGUUUUGGGUUUGUUUUGUGGGUUUGUGGUGGUGGUUACGUUUGGGUUUUGUAAUUUUUUUUUGUUACGGUAGCUAAGCUUGAUCAUUGUGCAAAUAAUGUAAUUUUGAUUGCAUAUGAUAUAUGAAAGUAUAUAAUUAUAAAUCA